UUCGUCACUUGUGUUCCGAGUCCCAAAAACGAAAGUCGCCAGCAUCAGCAGGCAUCCGCAAACGAGAUUGACACAAGACCAAAGGACGAGACAUAACUGCUAUCAAAAUAAAUAGUGCCAUUUAAUACUGUUCCGUGUUUGUGCUUAAAAAAAUAUAUUAAGAAAGUAUUUCCCAAAAAACGUCUGUUUUUUCGGCAAAGACGAUUUUCCGCACAUGCGCGAAUUCCGCGAAAAAGAAAGCAAAAAAGCAAGCUAAAAAGCGAGGCCCAAAAAAUAGACAAAAACGAAGAGCAAGGAGCCCCCACAUCGCCCCUUCCCCUCGCACGCACCGUGCGUGUUGGUUUAACGGUAACCGUGCCGCGGUCCAGCGAGAGAGAGAAAGAGAGAGAGGCCGAAAUCGCAAUUUACAAAUUCUCGCGGAGAAUUCCUCUGGAGCGUCCCCAAGCCGUCUAGAGUCGCCGCCAAGAUGCAGAACUGGGAGACGACAGCCACGGCCAACUACGAGCAGCACAACGCCUGGUACAGCAGCAUGUUCGCGGCGAACAUCAAACAGGAGCCGGGUCACCACCUGGACGGGAACAGCGUGGCCAGCAGUCCGCGCCAGUCGCCCAUUCCCUCGACCAAUCACUUGGAACAGUUCCUCAAGCAGCAGCAGCAGCAGCACCAGCAGCAGCCCAUGGAUACCCUGUGCGCCAUGACCCCAUCGCCCAGUCAGAACGAUCAGAACAGCCUGCAGCACUACGACGCCAAUCUGCAGCAGCAGUUGCUGCAGCAGCAGCAGUACCAGCAGCACUUCCAAGCGGCCCAGCAGCAGCACCACCACCACCACCACCUGAUGGGCGGCUUCAAUCCGCUGACGCCGCCGGGUCUGCCCAAUCCCAUGCAGCACUUUUAUGGUGGAAACCUGCGACCCAGCCCCCAGCCCACGCCCACUUCCGCCUCCACAGUUGCCUCCGCCGUUCCAGUGGGCAGCGCCACCAGCGAGAAGUUGCAAGCUCUGACGCCGCCCAUGGAUGUCACGCCGCCCAAGUCGCCGGCCAAGUCCAGCCAGUCGAACCUGGAGCCGGAGAAGGAGCACGACCAGAUGUCCAACUCCAGCGAGGACAUGAAGUACAUGGCCGAGUCGGAGGACGACGACACGAACAUCCGCAUGCCCAUCUACAACUCGCAUGGCAAGAUGAAGAACUACAAGUGCAAGACCUGCGGCGUGGUGGCCAUCACCAAGGUGGACUUCUGGGCCCACACCCGCACCCACAUGAAGCCGGACAAGAUCCUGCAGUGCCCCAAGUGCCCCUUCGUCACGGAGUUCAAGCACCACCUGGAGUACCACAUCCGCAAGCACAAGAACCAAAAGCCCUUCCAGUGCGACAAGUGCAGCUACACCUGCGUGAACAAGUCCAUGUUGAACUCGCACCGCAAGUCGCACAGCUCCGUCUACCAGUACCGCUGCGCCGACUGCGACUAUGCCACCAAGUACUGCCACAGCUUCAAGCUGCACCUGCGCAAGUACGGCCACAAGCCCGGCAUGGUUCUCGAUGAGGAUGGUACUCCGAAUCCCUCCCUGGUCAUCGAUGUCUAUGGAACGCGUCGUGGUCCCAAGAGCAAGAACGGAGGACCCAUCGCCGGCGGAGGAAGUGGCAGCGGGAGCCGCAAGCCCAAUGUGGCAGCUGUGGCACCGCAACAGCAGCAAUCCCAGCCCGUUCAGCCUGCCACUUCCCAGCUGAGUGCUGCCCUUCAGGGAUUCCCACUGGUGCAGCAGAGCAACUCGGCUCCCGGAGCAGCCUCUCCAGUGCUCCCGCUGCCAGCUUCGCCAGCCAAGAGCGUGGCCAGCGUGGAUCAGACCAACAGCCUUCCGAAUCCCGCCAACCUGCUGCCUCCGCUGGCCAGCCUGCUGCAGCAGAACCGCAACAUGGCCUUCUUCCCGUACUGGAACCUCAACCUCCAGAUGCUGGCCGCCCAGCAGCAGGCCGCCGUUCUCGCCCAGCUCUCGCCGCGGAUGCGGGAGCAGAUGCAGCAGCAGAACCAGCAGCAGCAGAGUGACAACGAGGAGGAGGAGCAGGACGACGAGUACGAGCGCAAGUCGGUGGACUCGGCCAUGGAUCUCUCGCAGGGCACUCCCGUCAAGGAGGAGGAGCAGCAGCAACAGCAGCAGCAGCAACUACCGCUAGCCAUGAACCUCAAGGUGGAGGAGGAGGCCACGCCGCUGAUGAGCAGCUCGAACGCCUCGCGGCGCAAGGGACGCGUCCUCAAGCUGGACACCCUGCUCCAACUCCGAUCGGAGGCGAUGACCUCGCCGGAGCAGCUGAAGGUGCCCAGUGGCAACAUGCCCACGGCAUCCUCACCAAUUGCCGGACGCAAGCCAAUGCCCGAGGAGCACUGCUCGGGAACCAGCUCGGCGGAUGAGUCCAUGGAGACGGCCCAUGUGCCGCAGGCCAACACCAGUGCCAGCUCCACGGCCUCCAGCUCCGGCAACAGCUCCAAUGCCAGCAGCAACAGUCAGAGCAACGGCAACAGCAGCAACAGCAGCAGCAGCAGCAGCAGCGGCAGCAAUGGUACCACCUCGGCGGGAUCAAACUCCGCUGCUCCUCCAUCGGGAACUCCGGCGGCGGCGGGAGCCAUCUACGAGUGCAAGUACUGUGAUAUCUUCUUCAAGGACGCCGUGCUGUACACCAUCCACAUGGGCUACCACAGCUGCGACGACGUGUUCAAGUGCAACAUGUGCGGCGAGAAGUGCGACGGACCCGUCGGCCUCUUCGUCCACAUGGCCAGGAAUGCCCACUCCUAAGUCCCCGAAGUCCUAAGUCUCAGUCUCAGCCCAUUGUUAUUAUUAUUUAUCGCUAUUAUCACCUUAAUCGUUGUCCAAAAUUGUAUAUAUUCGUAGCAUAGGAUUUCACAUAACUAUUUUGUUGUCGAGAAUUGUACAUAAGCCACAUAAGCCGCUAAUUCUAGACCUAAGUUUAUACUAUAUAUCUAGCCUAACUGUAUCGAUCUGUAGCCGCCUUUCUAUCUAUCUGUUCACAAACCCAAAACUCUCUCCUGUAUUUUCGAAAACGACUAAAAACCCUGAAUACGGUUUAAAAACUAUCAUGAAUGCAUGGAGAAAUGUAAGCCUAAGUUAAAACUAAUUUGUAAGUCGAGUCAAGCUGAACAAGCGAACAAAACAAAAACCAACCAACCAAGUCCAAAGUCAAAUUAAUAAAUAUAGUUUAUAACAUACACACCUAUAUUUAGUCUUAUUUAACCUACUAUAUGUACACACAUAAUGCUCAAUUAUUUCUCUGACAUUCUCUCAGUAUUUUGUUAGUCGAAUAACGAAUCGAUCGAUCGGAAUCAAAUCAAAUAAAUACAAUUUAUUCAUUAUAAUUUGAAAGGUUUCUUUUUAUUUUGCAACAUUUGGCACUAAUGACAAUAUUUUCGAUGCAACUGAAACUGACGAAAGAAGAAGUACAAAUUUAGAGAUUUUUAAAAUGCAGCAAAGAUGCAAGCAAUCUGAGCAACGGAUCAAAAUUAGUAUUUACUCCUUACAAACUAAGCGAUGAGCGCCCAGUGUAAUCCUUGAAUGAAUCCUUUUAAGUAAAUUUAAUUAGCUUAAGGUUUGCCCACGAAAUGUUUUUAUGUAACUACAUAAUAAAGAUUAAGAUAUUAUUAAAA